UGCUCAGUUGCGCAAGUGUCGUCGCACACAGUGCCCGGCAGCGCCAGAACACCCGUCCAGUGCACACGAUACGCACGCCAGUGCCCAACGUCGGGUCUGCGAUGCGUCAGUCGCACGCCAGUCACGCAGGUUGUGCCCAGUGGCCGCCAGCAUGCAUGAACGCCCUGUCCACGCCCAGUUCAUACCCAGCGGGGCCGACAGCUUCAUGCCACGCCCAGGCCAGGCAGCGCCCGUGCCCGCAGCCUUUGCAGGCUGGCUGGCCGAGCCAGCGGCCGACCGCCCGACCACAGCAGGCCAGCGGUCCAGCCAGACCGCAACUCGACCGGUUCAAACCA